AUGCUGCCCAAACAACAGUCCUGCACAGAGACGUUCGACGCUUGGUUGUUCUGCUACCAGCUGAGGACCAAGCUUAAGCUUGAAGUUGGUCCUUACCUGCAGUUCGCCGUUUCUGGUUUACGAUCUCCCCAUCGGUUCCCGUGCAAAGAUCGAGUGGGAGCAACCGCCUCCUCCCUCGCCACGGUCCCAUCCCUUCACUGUCGUCAUAGUUUUCGCACGUUCCGGCCUCUUGCCACGGAGAACCUGCCGUGCUGUGAUUCAUUCGGAGUUCGCCGCGACAAACCCGAAAGAAUCCUCGCCGCCGACGCAUCCGUCUGCCUGCGUCACCAUGGAGACGGCAACAGCAUCCGCCUGCGUUUCCCUGGAGACGGAAACAGGAAGCUGAAGCCAAAACCCGAGCGUGAUGCCAGAGUCGCGAGAAAAGGAGGCCCUGAAGGCUUUGAAAAUCCACUGCAAGUUUCUCAUACUCAAGCCUACCUGCUGCACACGGAAGUACUCCCUGACCACACAGGUAAACAGGUGCGCCUUAAACGCCAAGUGAGGCAUCCUUAA